GUUGGGAGGCGGGAGUUACUCUCUCUUUUUCACAAAACCCCUUUUUUAAAAAAGUCAUUCCUCUUCCUUGGACCUGUACGGGAGUCUGUCCAACUUUCCUCUCUUACAAAGUUUCCUGGAUGGCAUUAACUUCAUUUUUACACUGCGUUCCCCCCACCUUUUUUUUACCCCUCCCCAAUUUCCAGAGGUAACACCAAGCGAGUGUUUGGUUGGUUUUGUUGUGUUUUUGGUUUUUUUUCCCCGUGCUGAGGUGUUGGCCGUAAAAGCGGGUCCUUGUGGCGGGGGGUGUGUGUGAACCGGUGCAGCCUGAACAAAAGCCGCAGCAGCGAUUGCCUCUCUGUGGGAUAUUUGGAGGGGAUCUCGCUCAUCCGUGCGCGCCGGCGGGUGUCGAACAGAACCAACAUGGAGAAGUUGGUUCUGACUUAGAAACACUGUUCCCGUCUCCCUUCCCCGCAGCCCCAGUCUGCAGGGUUGGCAUCGGACCAUCCGCAGCCAGAAAUUAGGCUGUGUUGGGUUUUUUUUAAAUUAUUUUUAAUGAUUUUUUUUUUUUUUUCUGAGGAAGGAAAGUUUUGCAGUUGGGUUUAGGAGGGAGGGAAAUCUGCCUGGGUGAUUUUCACAGCGCCGUUUGUGGCUGUAAUCCUGGGAGCUGGAUGAACGGAAGGGAACGGCAAGAUGCACCUCAAUUCUAGCUACCAGGAGAGCGGCGGCAAUCUGAUUUUACUGCGAGGAGUCGUCACCAGCGGGUGGAUGGACCCCGGUCCCUGUGCCUCAGACGCUUUGAUCCUGCGUGGAGCUGAGCUCGCUGGGAGUGUUCACUCUCCCUCCACAAGUAUGGCGACGUCUGCACAGUAUAGACAGCUUAUAAAUGACUAUGGACCCCCCUCUCUAGGCUACACACAAGGGAUGCAGGGUACCAGCAGCAGUCAAGUACCGCAGAGCAAAUACGCAGAACUUCUAGCUAUCAUAGAAGAGUUAGGAAAAGAGAUUAGACCCACAUAUGCUGGGAGCAAAAGUGCGAUGGAGAGACUAAAAAGAGGCAUUAUCCAUGCUAGAGGGUUAGUCCGGGAAUGCCUGGCUGAGACGGAGCGAAACGCAAGGUCCUAGCCCACUGAUGCAGUUGCAAGAUCUUCCAUCUCUUACUGAAGAAAAAGUAACACUUGUUCCUUUUGACUCUUGAAACAUUCAGACAAAUUCCUUUAUUUUGAAUGUUUUACCUUUCUGGUUUUGCUCUGACAAAAAAUGUAUAGUUAAGAAAGAGAAAACAAGGAUUUUUCAACUUCCUGAGGGUUUGCAUUUUGUAAAGAGGUUAAAACUCCCUAAAACAUUUCUAAAACAGGAACACUGAACUGCAUGCAGAGGAAUGCUCUUUCUCUCCCAGGCUAUAUUUCAGUUCUCUUAUCCAGCCACAGUUCCAUUCUGUUGGUUUUUUUUCCUUUGACUAUAUUCACUUAACCCCAAACCAUCAAUCUUUCAAAGUUUGACACAAGCUCUAAGGAUUUUUGUUACUAACUGCAGAAUAGCAUGUUGUGCCUCGUAGUCUGCUAAGUCACAGUUUGUCAUACAGCCUAGACCCUGCUUAGAAAUAACCUCCCCCUCCUCUUUAUUUUUCCUUUUUCAUUCGUUUUGCAUAAACAUUUGCAUGACUGUUAGUGCUUUGAAGUCCAUUUAAAGUGCAUGAGUUAUAUGGAAAACAGGGAAACCUAUUAAGUAAUAACAAGGUCCUGGAAAGCUAAUUUCUACAUUAAGGCUGGAGAUUUCAGUUUAAAGUUUGCCAAAAAAAAAGGAAAAAAAAGAAAAAAAAAAAAAAAGAAAAUUCUGGAUAAAUUACUAAAACUGUUAUUUGCAUCUUUUUAUGUAUUUAUUACUUGACGUAAUAAAGCUUAUUUUCAUUAACAAUUUGUAUUAAAA